UCACUUCCGCUAUCGGGGGGGAUACCGGAGCGAUGACUGCCACACUUCGUCCAUACCUCUGCGCAGUCCGCUCCACGUUGGAGGUGGCAGUAUGCCUGGAAAAUUUCUCUUCUCAGGUUGUGGAGCGACAUAACAAGCCUGAAGUUGAAGUCAGGAGUAGCAAAGAGCUGCUGUUACAGCCAGUGAUUAUAAGUAGGAACGAAAAGGAAAAAGUUCUUAUUGAAGGAUCCAUUAACUCUGUGCGUGUCAGCAUUGCUGUAAAACAGGCUGAUGAAAUUGAAAAGAUCUUGUGCCAUAAAUUUAUGCGCUUCAUGAUGAUGAGAGCUGAAAACUUCUUCAUCUUGCGCCGAAAGCCUGUAGAGGGAUACGAUAUCAGCUUCCUGAUCACAAACUUCCAUACGGAGCAGAUGUACAAACACAAGCUGGUUGACUUUGUGAUCCAUUUCAUGUAAGAGAUUGAUAAGGAGAUCAGCGAGAUGAAAUUGUCCGUGAACGCAAGAGCUCGUAUCGUUGCUGAGGAAUUCCUUAAGAAUUUUUAAAGAUUGUGGGAUGCUCUGCAGGAUGUGACUUCCUCGUCUCGCCCAUGGAUCUCUGCAUCACUGCUGAAAAAGUCUGGGCGGGGAGUAAUAGGGGGGGGGGGGGGCUUGCAAUUAAAGUGCGGUAUAGAGAGGCAGUGAUUGUUCGUCAGGGAGACCUCUGGGGGAAAUGUUUAUGGCAUUUACCUUCAUUCCAAUAUCCCCCACAGGAUGGGACAGAAUAUUUUUAUUGUUUAUUUUGAGAGAAAUGUUGUACUUGUCUGAUUCUGUAUUCACUUUCUUUUUUUUUUUAAGUCAUUACUGAAUUUAUUUUUACAUUUCUUUUCUGAUAUAUAUUUGCAAAAUUUCCAGUAAUGUCAUCGCUGUUCACAAUGGGAACAUGGGUGAUAAAGGCAUUUGUUGCAAGCAGCUUGCCUUUUUUCAUUCCCUUCCU